AUGUCUACCAUCCUAGCCCCAUGGCUUCUCCGCACGUAUCGCAAAAAGGCUUCGCAGCUUGCGACUGUGCGAAGUGAUCUUCCCAAUGCCGAAACGAGCGAAGAAGACGCCAUGUCCUGGCGACCUGGAUUGGUCAAGCCGGCGGGAAAAAGUGAUCCCGGUCUCAGGAAGGGGGAGCGGUAUCUGUUGAAAGACUUUUCUGGUUUGGUGAAAGCAGGAGAGAUGAUGCUUGUCGUUGGACGGCCGGGGAGCGGUUGUUCAACCUUUCUCAAAGCUCUGGCGGGGCAUAGAGACGUCUUUGCCGGGGUCGACGGGUCGGUCAAGUAUGGCGAUAUUGAAGCUGGCCCAGACUUCAAGCCAUACGCCAGAGAAGUCAUCUUUAGCUCGGAAGAGGAUCUACACGAUCCCAACCUACAUGUGGGCAAGACUCUCGACUUUGCUUUACGGAUGACCACACCGUCCCGUCGAUCUCGGAUACCAAACAAAGAUGGCGGAGAGAGUAUGUCGAGAGCGGCCUUUCAGGAAAAGAGAAAGUGGGAGCUGUUGAGAAUGUUUGGGUUGCUGCAUACGCACGACACCAGAGUCGGAGAUCAGUACGUCCGAGGUGUUUCAGGCGGCGAGCGAAGACGCGUAUCGAUAGCCGAAGUCGUCACCACCAAAGCUUCUAUCCAGCUAUGGGACAAUGCCACCCGCGGACUCGAUGCCGACACUGCUCUCCGUUUCGCCAGAAACCUUCGUACCCUCACCGACAUUGACCGCAAUACAACCGUCAUCAGUCUCUACCAAGCUGGCAACGGCAUCUACGACCUCUUUGACAAGGUUACUGUCAUUGCAGAGGGGAGGGUGAUCUAUUACGGGCCGGGUGGAGAGGCAAGAGCGUAUUUUGAGAACCUUGGAUUCGUGCAUCCCGACGGGGGUAACACUGCCGACUUUUUGACAGCCGUCACAGCUAGGAAUGAACGUCAAGUCAGACCCGACUUUCAAGGUCGUGUGCUCACUACCCCUGCCGAGUUUGCGACCGCCUAUAAUCAGUCCGACAUUGCCCAUCGCAUGCGCCAAGAGUUGGAGGCUCACCUGGUGGAUCCCAAGGUCGCCGAUGAUACUCAGAAUGCAAAGGCUAUGAUACAGCUAGAGAAGAGUAGCUGGGCAUCCAAGACCAGGCCGGAGGAGGUCAAUUUUCUUGAUCAGGUGCGAGCGGCAAUUACACGGAAUCGACAACAGCGAUGGGGUGAUAAGUGGACAUUUUGGAUGAGGCCUGCUACUCUUCUGCUUCAAUCUCUCCUUGCUGGCUCGAUGUUUUACAAGAUACCAAUGUCAACCGGAGGCCUGUUUCUUCGUGGCGGUACUCUGUUUCUUUCUCUAUUCUUCCCAUCUAGCAUCAGCUUUAGCGAAACCACAGCUGUCUUCUCGGGCCGUGCAGUGCUCUCCAAACACAAAGGCUUCUCAAUGUAUCGGCCUUCUGCUCUCCUAAUCGCCCAAACUCUGAACGACCUACCAGUCUACUUCGUCAUGCUGUUGAUGUUCACCCUCAUCAUCUACUUCAUGACAGGGCUCAAGGUCGGGGCGGGCUACUACUUCACUUAUCUCUUGUUUGUGUAUUGCACGACCCUCUGUACGACGGCUUUGUUUCGAUUCAUCGGCUACUCUUUCAGCACUUUCAACGGCGCCUCGAAACUCUCUGGUUUCGUUUUCCUUCUGCUGUCCACGUAUGCUGGCUAUCUGAUCUACAUCCCGCAAAUGCACCCAUGGUUCUCUUGGCUCCGUUGGAUCGACCCCUUCCAUUACUCCCUAGAAGCUCUCAUGGCCAACGAGAUCGACGGCCUCAACCUGCAGUGUACAGCUCCGAAUCUAGCGCCUUACGGAGGCGAUUAUGCCAGCCACAGCCAGGGCUGCGCUAUCACAGGCGCAAAGCCAAACGAUAUCGUCCUCUCUGGGACCGCUUGGCUCGACUCUGCUCUCAGAUUCUACAAGAGUCAUGUAUGGCAAAACUUUGGGAUUCUCGUCGGUUUCUGGGUCUUCUUUCUGGUUCUAUGCGCAUACGCCAUCGAAAAGGUUCCAGCUGCGGGAUCCACCAAGUCGGUACUGUUUUACAAACCUGGAGGGGGCGGCAAAUAUAUACGACAAGCUCAGAGAAAAGGUGAAGCCUCGAAGCAUGAGGAGGAUGGACCGGGGGAAGAUAUCAAGUUGAAUGAUUUGAAUGGCGUGGGCUCGGAUAGCGUUCUUACUUGGAAGAACCUGUCCUACACCGUGAAUGUCAAUGGCGAGCCACGCAAACUCCUCGACAAUGUCUUUGGCUACUGCAAAGCCGGUACCCUCACUGCUCUCAUGGGCUCAUCUGGCGCUGGAAAGACAACCCUCAUGGAUGUACUGGCUGCCAGAAAGACGGAAGGCGAGAUCCAAGGGGAAGUAUUGAUGAACGGAAAGCAGUUGCCGGUCUCUUUCCAGCGUGCUACAGGUUACUGCGAGCAGAUGGACGUCCACUUACCUCAGGCUACCGUCAGAGAGGCUUUGGAGUUUUCAGCGCUUCUCCGGCAGCCGCGGCAUCUAUCUAACAAGGAGAAACUCGCAUAUGUGGAUACUAUCGUUGACCUUCUCGAGCUGCAAGAUAUUGAAGAUGCUUUGAUCGGGACACCUGGUGCUGGGCUGGGUAUCGAGCAGAGGAAGAGGUUGACCAUCGGCGUGGAGCUCGUCAGCAAACCAACUCUCCUUUUCCUUGACGAACCAACAUCUGGUCUCGAUGGCCAAAGCUCGUAUCUCAUUGUAUCAUUCCUACGAAAACUAGCGGCGGCGGGGCAAGCAGUUUUGUGUACAAUACAUCAGCCUUCCGCCUCGUUAUUCGCCAGGUUUGAUCAGCUUUUGCUUCUGAGGGGUGGCGGGCAGACUGUGUACUUCGGCGCGGUCGAUCAACUUUCGGACUACUUUGAGAAACACGGCAUCAGCAUCCCCGGAAACGUCAACCCGGCAGAGAGAAUGAUCGAAGUAGUCUCCGGAGAUAUCUCAAAAGGCCAUGACUGGCAUCGGACGUGGCUUGACUCUGAAGAAUGCAGAGCACGCGCAGAAGAGCUGGAUGAUCUGAUUGACACGGGGAGCAAAUUGGCGAGUGCGGUAGAAGGUGAUGAGUUUGAGUAUGCUUCUACCAAGGGUGCCCAAUUACGGUUGGUGACCAAGAGGGCUUCUGUCCAGCUUUGGAGGAACACAGAAUAUGUCAUGAACAAAGUUACUCUACACAUUUCUGCCGCCCUUAUCAACGGAUUCAGUUUCUGGAAGCUUGGUGACGACUACGCGGACAUCAAAAAUCGUAUCUUUACCAUCUUCCUCUUCGUCUUUGUCGCACCUGGUGUCAUUGCCCAGACUCAACCCAAAUUCCUACGCAACCGAGACAUCUUUGAAGCACGCGAGAAAAAGGCCAAGAUAUACUCAUGGCAAGCAUUCUGCUUUGCUGAGAUAGCAGCAGAGAUCCCAUACCUUCUGGUUUGCGCGUUGCUGUACUUUUCCUGCUGGUAUCCUGUUGUUGGGUUCAGUUUUAGCCCCGCCAUCGCUGGACCCGUCUAUCUUCAAAUGACGUUCUACGAAUUUUUGUACACCGGUAUCGGCCAGUCUAUAGCUGCGUACGCCCCUCACGAGACGUUCGCUGCUUUAGUCAACCCUCUUGCCAUUGGAGUCAUGGUGAUGUUCUGUGGCGUAUUGGUACCUUAUGAUCAGAUCACAGCUUUCUGGCGAUAUUGGAUGUACUAUCUCGACCCUUUCCAGUACUUGAUGGGUGGCCUCGUCUCUCUCACCCUUUGGGACCUCAAAGUUCACUGCUCCCCUGACGAGUACGCUGUCUUCGACCCUCCCUCUGGCAUGACCUGCACGCAGUACAUGGCCGACUUUCUCUCACAUGCCCCCGGGUACUUGAGCAACCCAGAGUCAACCUCAAAGUGCGAGUAUUGCCUGAUCUCCAAAGGAAGUGAUUUUCUGGAGGGCUUGCAUUUAUCAAGGAAGCUGGAUGCGUGGAGGGACAUUGGAAUUACGUUGUGA